CUCUUCUCGACUCUUCUACCCAUCACAGUCCCAAAUCACCAUGUGCUUCGGUCGAAGUUCCACGCCACCCCCCAUCUGUAUGUCAAUACCCCGCAACGCUGAGUAUCGCUCACUAAUGAUUGAGAUUUUCCCCGCGGAAGCUCAGGACAAAGUGGUGAGUGAAGGUACAUUCCUUCAUAUGCGUAUGCAAAUAUGAGUGGGCGUGGGUGGUGCGCGCCGUCACUUCCUCGGGCUUCAAAGGAAGAAGUUUGUAUAUCAUGCCGCCUUUUUCCUUUUCUGGUAUAGAUGUGUAUCACAAUAAGUCAUGCCGGAGAAACACUCAAGAAAAGCGUUCGUGCGCCCGCAUAAACCGACGUAUUGGGAGUCGGGCUGGAAUAAGUUGGUAGGCCGUGACAAGAAGAAGGAUGGUGAUAUGAAAAUAGCUGGGCCUCCUCCUCCUCCGCCUCCACAAGAUUUUGCUAUGCAAUUUAACAAUCAAAAUGAUAAUGUCUACGCUGGCCCCGCUGGCGGUGCAUCGGCGCACGGCUCUGCCGGUGCAGGGCUGGGUUUCGCUCCUCCUGGCGCUGGCGCUACGACACCGAACAUGUUCGCUCAAGGCCAGGAUCUGGCUCAAAAUCCACGGUCGCAAUCGCAGCGGUGGUUGCAGUCACAACAGCAAUCGCAACGUUCGCACCAACAGCAGCAGCAAUUCCAAAAUCAGGCUUCAAUGUCAACAGGUAGCUUCCCUCCCCCAAGCCACAGAAAUCCAGCACCAGGGCCAUCAUUUGCACAAACCCCACUAGCCACGACCAACUUCCCCCGCUCGAGCCACAGGGGAUUGCGAUCAGGAGAGUUGCGCGCACAUGAGCAGGUGGGCGGGAUGACGGGGAUGGGAGAGCGGAUUAGGGGCGUUGGGGGCGAGUCUGCGUAUAUUGGGAGUCGGAUUGAGGGGAGUGCUGGGCAGGUGGGUGGUGGAAGGGGGGGUGGGGGAGGGAGGAGUGAGCAUGUUUGGUAUCCGAGGGCGAGUCAGUUUGAGGCGGAGAGGACGAGGGUGGGGAGGGGUGGUGGGUAUCGACGCGGGUUUUCACUUUCCAUCCCAAAAAAAAUCCACCGCCGUCACCAAACCACCUUUCCCCCCCACGACACCAACAAAAUGGCCAAACGCAAGCGCUCCCCCUCGCCCGCCCCCGCCGCUGCACCCAUCCCCGCGCGCCUGAAAAAACUCUGCACAACCCUUCUCACGACGGCGCAAAAACCGCUCCUCACAGCGCUCCGCCAUGGCGCCUCGCUCGAGCGCCAAAAGCACUCCCGCCGCAAGAAGACGGCCGUCGCGAAAAAAGACACGAAAGCGCUAGCGCGUCUCGACGCCGAAUACACGGUGCUCAAGGGUCUGGACUUGGUGAAGCUCGCGGACCAGCAUUUGCGCCGGACGGUGGGCAAGGUGAAGAGUCUGAAGGAGCAUGAGGCGCUGCGGGAAUAUGUCGAGGGUGUGGAGAAGGGGAGUCAGGAUCCGGCCGUGUUGAAUGUGCUGGCGAGGUUGUAUAAGGUUAAGGGGGUCAGGGAGCCGGUGGAUAGGGUUAUUGUCGAGUUGAAGGAGGUUGUGGGCGCGGGUGGGAGCGUGGCGCAAAGUGGGGAGGCGAAGGGAGGGAAGCCUGCGAAGAUGCCGGCUAAGGUAGAAGAGGAGGGCGGGGAUGUGGAUAUGAGUGGCUUGAGCGACGAGGAGGGCGAUGCGUUUGCGGCUUUCAGCGCAAGGAUAGCAGAGCCGUCUUCUGGAGAGGAAGACAGCGAUGGGUCAGCAUCAGACGACGAGAGACCUCCAAGCAUAGGAGACAGCAACAGCGAGCACGACGCCGACGCCGACCUCGACGCCGCAAGCGGAAGCUCAGAAGCGGCACCAUUAGCAGAUCUCGACAGCGAAGACGACGACGACGACGACGAGCCCGCACAUAUCAACCGCCUCAUCGCACCUCCAUCCGACCUAUCAGGAUCAGAAUCAGACUCGGACUCUGAAUCCCUCAAACCACCAAAAACGAAAUCGAAACCAGAACCCAAAUUCACAUCCUCCGCCUUCCUUCCCGGCCUCAGCCACGCAGGUUACUACUCCGACUCCAACUCCUCCGCCUCCGACCUCGACACCGAAGCUCCUCGCAAGAACCGGCGCGGCCAACGCGCGCGCCAGAAGAUCGCCGAAGCAAAAUUCGGCGCCAAGGCGAAGCAUUUGGAGAAAGUGGAGCGCAACAAGGGGUGGGAUGCGAAGCGUGGCGCAGUCAGCGACGACCGGAGAGGAGGGAGGGGCGAUAGAGGUGAAGCGCCGAGAGGGAGGGGGCCGAUGCAGACUGGCGAGAAUGCACUGCCGCUUGGCAAGAAGAAAAUUGAGCGCGAUGAUAAGGGGACAUUGCAUCCUAGUUGGCAGGCGGCGAAGGCGGCGAAGGAGAAGAAGAUGAUUAAGAUUGAUCUUAAGGGGGCGCCGCAGGGGAAUAAGGUCGUGUUUGAUUGAUGGAUUGAGGAGAUACCCGGGUAGGUUAGAUUCAGAAAAAGGCUGAUGCUAUCAUGCGUGUGCGCUCGCUCGUCCUUGCCUUCUAGAACUACUCUCCGAUUUGGUGCUUGAUACACCAUACACAUCAUCAUACCUGAGGGCCCAUUGUAGAAUAUGCCCGAUGAGCAAACGCAGCGAAAAAUUUACGAAACUGCAAGGCUUACACGCACACAUAGGUUUCCAUCGAACC